UCUCUCCUUCCCCUCCAAGUAUGAAGACCCUCCUUCACCAAAAGGCAGCUGCAAAGCUGCCAACCAGGGAAGCCAUAGGUCACCACACUGGAACUACAAACAUGAGGAAGAAAAAGACAUCUCCAAAGAAGCCAAGAGGAAGGUCAUCCUCUCAGUCCUGCAGACACAUGGUGGGCUGCAGAAUUUCACAUGGAUAGAAGGAGGGAGAUGAGCCCAUCACCCAGUGGAAAGGAAACGUUCUGGAUCAGCUACUCGAUGAUUAUAAGGCAGGUGACCUCUGCAUCAUGCCAGAAUCAAGUGUGUCUCAUCCAGUGAAGAGGGAGCCAGAAGGAUUUAUAGAUAGCCUGAUAGAUAAACAUGUGGAAUAUACCAAAGAAGAUGGCUCCAAAAGGACAGGCAAGGUCAUCCACCAAGUUAAAGCCAAACCUGUGUAUUUCAUCAAGUUUGAUGAUGACUUCCAUAUCUAUGUCUACGAUUUGGUGAAAACAUCUUCGCAUGGGGAGUACUUGACUAAUGAUGUUUCUUUUGGCAGCUACCUGCAACUACAGGUGACUCCAUCCAGUGCUCCACAAAAGGUGGCCUACUUCCCCAAGAAGCCCCAGUUCUGGCUAGGACCCCACAAGACUGGUGUCUGUGGAAUCCUCACAGGUACCUUCCCGCUAAGUUUGCCCAGCCCCAACUUAUGGAGAGCUGUGAUCGGAGUCUGA